AUGGCAGAUGACCUGGACAUCGAGGCCAUGCUGGAGGCUCCAUACAGGAAGGACGACAAGACCACCAGCCCCAAUGGGGGGGAGGAACAGGCCAAGAGGAAGAAGCGGAGCCGCAGCCGUGAACGCAAGCGUAGCAAGAGUCGAGAGAGGAAGCGGAGCCGCAGCCGCGAGCGCAAACGCAGCCGCGAGAAGCGGCGCAGUCGCAGCAGAGAGCGUCGGCGCAGUCGCGAGAGAGGCGGACGCUACAGAGACUACCACAAGACGCGGAAGCGAUCCAGGAGCAGGAGUCCCGUGAGGAGAGAGAAAAGUCCGGUUCGGAGAGAGAAAAGUCCGGUUCGGAGAGACAAGAGUCCAAUCAGGAGGGAGAAAAGUCCUAACAAGCCGCCAGUGGACAAUUUGACUCCAGAGGAGCGAGAUGCCCGCACAGUCUUCUGCAUGCAGCUGGCUGCCCGCAUUCGUCCUCGAGACCUGGAGGACUUCUUUUCUGCCGUGGGAAAGGUUCGAGAUGUGAGGAUGAUCUCGGACAGGAAUUCCCGUCGGUCCAAGGGCAUCGCCUACAUCGAGUUCGUGGAGGCAAGCUCCGUUCCUCUUGCCAUCGGGCUGACCGGGCAAAGGCUGCUGGGAGUUCCCAUCAUCGUGCAGGCCUCGCAGGCUGAGAAGAACCGAGCGGCGGCGGCUGCAGCGGCCGCCAACAACCUUCAGAAAGGCUCAUCAGGACCCAUGAGGCUCUACAUCGGCUCGCUGCACUUCAACAUUACAGAAGAGAUGCUGAGAGGAAUAUUUGAGCCCUUCGGACGGAUCGAAGGCAUCCAGCUGAUGAUGGACAGUGAGACGGGUCGGUCCAAAGGAUACGGCUUCAUUACGUUCGCAGAUGCCGAGUGCGCCAAGAAAGCGCUGGAGCAGCUGAAUGGCUUCGAGCUAGCCGGUCGGCCCAUGAAGGUGGGUCACGUGACGGAGCGCAGUGACGGCUCAGCUGCUGCCUCCCUGCUGGACAGCGACGAGCUGGAGCGCACCGGUAUCGACCUGGGGACCACCGGGCGCCUGCAGCUCAUGGCCCGCCUCGCCGAGGGUACGGGCCUGCAGAUACCCCCGGCUGCCCAGCAAGCCCUCCAGAUGAGCGGCGCCAUCGCAAUCGGCGCCAUGGCUGCCGUCUCGGCUGCCAUGAAUCCAUCCAUGAACCUGAACAUGAACCCACCGGCGCUCAACCUUCCUUCUCAACCAUUGGCCACGCACUGUUUCCAGCUCUCCAACAUGUUCAACCCAAGCAGUGAAGAUAAUCCCGGCUGGGAGUUGGACAUCCAGCACGACGUAAUCGAGGAGUGCAACAAACAUGGCGGCGUGGUGCACAUCUAUGUGGACAAAAACUCUGCAGAGGGUAAUGUCUACGUGAAGUGUCCGUCCAUCCCCGCAGCCAUGGCGGCCGUCAGCGCACUUCAUGGACGAUACUUUGCCGGCAAGAUGAUCAAGGCGGCGUACGUCCCCCUUCCUACCUACCACAACUUGUUCCCGGACGCCGCCACGGCGACGCAGCUGCUGGUCCCGCCCCCUCGCCGAUGA